GGGUUCACAUUUCCCAGAAACUUGACUAGCUGCUGUGUGCUGUGUUAGUUGUAAGUUAGCAAAGGCCAAUCACCGUUCCAAAAAGUGUCGGGGACAUUACCCAGGAGUCCUAUCAGUGAAGAGACUGGAAGCCAUGGCAUCAGCUAAGAAAGAAGAAAUAAGUGUUGAAGAUGAAGCUGUGGAGAAAAAUAUUUUCAAAGACUGUAGCAACAUUGGUUUUUACAGACGUCAGAAACACUGGCUUUCCAGGAAGUCCACCUAUCGGACAUCAUUGGAAUCAGUCACAACAGACAAAGACAGCACCAGGUUCCAAAUUAUCAAUGAAACAAUGAAGGUACCUCUCCUGGCUGAAAUUUAUAGUAUAAAGGGAAAUAUUUUCAGACUUAAAAUCAAUGAAGAGACUCCCCUGAAACCUAGGUAUGAAGUUCCUGAUGUUCUCACAAGCAAGCUAAGCACUGUAAGGCUGACUUCAUGCUCAAGAGAUAUAGGUAGUCUAGUACUGGAAGAUGGAAAAGGAGAUCUGAAGUGUUGUAUCUUUGAAAACCCAUUCAGGAUAGACUUUGUGUCCAAAAAAGAGGUUGUGAUAAGCAUAAACUCCCUGGGCCAGUUAUACUUUGAGCACCUGCAGAAUCCUCCCAAGCAAAGAGUUACCAAAGAAAAUGAAGAGGAUGCAUCAACUAAUAUCUCUCAGGAAAAUCAAGAAGAUCUAGGCCUGUGGGAAGAGGAAUUUAGGGGAUUUGUGGAUAUCAAAGCUAACGGUCCUACAUCCAUUGGAUUGGAUUUCUCCUUGCAUGGAUUUGAACAUCUCUAUGGAAUCCCACAACAUGCAGAAUCACAUCGACUUAAAAAUACUAGUGAUGGGGAUGCUUACCGUCUUUAUAACUUGGAUGUCUAUGGGUAUAAAAUACAUGACAAAAUGGGCAUUUAUGGUUCUGUGCCUUAUCUCCUAGCCCACAAAUUGGGCAGAACACUUGGUAUUUUAUGGCUGAAUGCCUCAGAAACACUAGUGGAAAUCAAUACAGAGCCUGCAGUAGAGACACAGAACCCAGUGGACCCAUUUGCUGAACGAAAGGUCAGAUCUCGAACUGAUGUACAUUGGAUGUCAGAGAGUGGAAUUAUUGAUGUGUUUCUGCUAACAGGACCCACGCCUUCUGAUGUCUUUAUGCAGUACUCAUACCUUACAGGAACACAAGCCAUGCCUCCUCUUUUCUCCCUGGGAUACCAUCAGUGCCGCUGGAACUAUGAAGAUGAGCAGGAUGUAAACAAAGUAGAUGCAGGAUUUGAUGAACAUGACAUUCCUUACGAUGUCAUGUGGCUGGACAUAGAGCACACCAAGGGCAAAAGGUACUUCACCUGGGACCAGAAAAGAUUCCCAAACCCCAACAGGAUGCAAGAACUACUCAGGAGCAAAAAUCGAAAGCUUGUGGUCAUUAGUGACCCUCACAUCAAAAUUGACCCCAACUACUCAGUGUAUGCUAAGGCCAAAGAACAGGGCUUCUUUGUGAGAAAUCAUGAUGAGGGAGACUUUGAAGGGAUAUGCUGGCCUGGUCUCUCCUCUUACCUGGAUUUCACCAAUCCCAAAGUCCGAGAAUGGUAUUCGGGUCUUUUUGCUUUCUCUUUUUAUCAGGGAUCUACUGACAUUCUCUACAUAUGGAAUGACAUGAAUGAGCCCUCUGUCUUUAGGGGACCAGAGCUCACGAUGCAGAAGAAUGCCAUUCAUCAUGGCAAUUGGGAGCACAGAGAACUUCACAACAUCUAUGGUUUUUAUCAGCAAAUGGCUACUGCAGAAGGACUGAUACAACGAUCUAAAGGGAGGGAGAGACCUUUUGUUCUUACCCGUUCUUUCUUUGCUGGAUCACAGAAGUAUGGUGCUGUCUGGACAGGUGACAACAGAGCAGAAUGGAGUUACCUGAAAAUCUCUAUCCCAAUGUUACUCACUCUCAGCAUUACUGGGAUCUCUUUUUGUGGAGCUGAUGUAGGUGGCUUCAUUGGGAAUCCAGAGGUCGAGCUUCUAGUGCGAUGGUAUCAAGCUGGAGCCUACCAGCCCUUUUUCCGUGGACAUGCCACCAAGGAUACUAAGAGGCGGGAACCUUGGCUCUUCGGGCAGAAGCCCACCAGGCUCAUCCGAGAGGCCAUCAGAGCUCGCUACACUCUCCUGCCCUAUUUGUAUUCUCUGUUCUACCAGGCACAUGUGGCUUCCCAACCUGUCAUGAGGCCUCUGUGGAUAGAGUUCCCUGAGGAAUUAGAAACUUUUGGUGUGGAAGAUGAGUACAUGCUGGGAAGUGCUCUAUUAAUUCAUCCAGUCACAGAACCAAAAGCUACUAUGGUUGAUGUGUUUCUGCCAGGAUCAAAUGAGGUCUGGUAUGACUUGAAGACAUUUUCUCUUUGGCAAGGUGCAUGUACUGUGAAGAUCCCAGUAGCUUUAGACACUAUACCAGUGUUUCAACGAGGAGGAAGUAUAGUGCCAAUAAAGACAACUAUAGGGAAAUCUACUGGAUGCAUGACUGAUUCCCCAUAUGGACUCCGGGUGGCUUUAAGCACUGAGGGUUCUGCCAUGGGUGAACUGUAUCUUGAUGAUGGCCACUCUUUCCAAUACUCUUACCAGAAGGAGUUCUUGCACAGGAAGUUUUCAUUCGAUUCAGGUCUUUUGAUCAACAGAUGUGCUGACAAAAAAGGUCAUUAUCCCAGCAAGUGCGUAGUGGAGCAGAUUUUAGUCCUAGGUCUCAAAAAGCAGCCAUCUUCUGUGACCACCCACUCAUCUGAUAGUAAAGAUCAGCCUGUGGCUUUCACGUUUUGUGCCAAAACGUCCACCCUGCAUCUGGAGAACCUCUUGCUGAGUGUUGGUGUUGACUGGGAGGUUCGCAUCGAAUAAUGGAGCAGCGCACCCUUGAGCAGCACAUGGAGCAGCCUGUACCCUUGUCCCUCCUCUCAGUCUGUGACAUGACCAGUAGUCACUAGUUUACUAAUGAGAGAGAGAUUUUGCAGUUUUCAGAUUUUGCAUCUUCAGUGAACUAUUAAUAUUCUUUAUGUCAGCCAGCCACCUCCUCUCCUCCUGGAUC